AUGGCUAUUAAUAUAGGAGAUAAAAGAUCUAUUGCCGAAAUAAUAACUCCAGAGAUUGAAUUCAACGUCAACACUAAUGGAAUAACACUUCAAGCUAAAUCCAGAAUGAGUACUCCCCGCUUACUCCCAUUUGACCAAUGUGGACGAUGUCGAGAGUGCAAAUCAAUUGAAGUUGAAAUAGACUUCGUAGUGACCAAAGAAGGAGUGACGGUUUACUGUAAUCGAAUCAAAGGGAACCGAUUUGUUCCCUUUGAUACAAUUUAUGACAUGCCUGGGCAUUGUUUUUUUAGGAACAAAGGCCGCGUACUCAAUAUUCCUUUUGGUGAUCGAAACUGCGUUGAUCAGAAGAGACCUGUGAUUCAAUCGUUGUCAAGUUAUCCGAAUAAAACAAUUGAAAAAGAAAAUGAACCAAAUGUAGAGCAAGAACAUAAACAAGUUAUAAUUAACUCAAGUAUGGAUCUGGAUGUCAUUGAUAAACAAUUAGUAACAACAAAUGAAGUGACACAAGAGAAGAUCAAGACAAUAGAGGAAGACUUGGAUGAUUUUUUCAAAUCGAUUGGUGAUGAAAAGAAAGUCGUAAAGCGAAGUGUUAGUAAUGAAGAAAAAAUAAAUGAACCAUUUUACAAUGAUACGAUUGAUCCUAAUACUCAAAAAUUUACAGAAAUUGUAAACCCAAAUUCAAUUUAA